CCACGCUCAGCCAAAUAAGAGAGAGGGAGGGAGAGAGAGAGAGAGAGACAGAAACAGAGCUGAGCCACACCACACCGAAGCGGUGAGAGAGAGAGAGAGAGAGAGAUUUGAGGCGUUUCUGGUGGAGCUCAAAUGCUCCUCCAAAUCUGCUGUGUUCAGUUCAGACUUCAAGAGAGUUCUUUUACGAAAAGCAAUGCCUGUGGAUUACAGAAAUCUAUGCCCCUUGUUUUGUCUUCCAUCGAUUUUUAACAUUUAAUUCUCUCUAUUAAAUCUCUCAACAAACACAACUCGCCGCAGAUUUAGACAACAUUACAAAACCCUAGACGAACCCAAAAAGCUUUCUGGUGGAGAAUAAGCUACAGUACAAAAUUCUCGUGAACACUUCUGCUUCGUCUUCAACAAUUUCACACACACACACACACACAUACAUAUAUAUAUACAGAAAUGUACAUGCAACUAUACAUACAUACAUAUAUAUAUAUGUAUAUAUAUAUUCAUGUUUAUAUAGCAACUAGAAAGCUUUCCGCCGAAGAACAGUGAGGUAUCGGCGGUUUCACCAAAUUUCAGUUGAAUUUGAAUUUCUGGAAUUUUCUAGAAAGAUCUCCAAUGGAAUUCAAUUUCUCCAUAGAUCUACGAUUCGGCUUGAAAUUAGCUCUGCUUUUUGUUGUACUAGUGUAGUAGUGGAAAAGAGUUCAUUCGUAGUAGCGGUUUUAGAAUUGAAUAUCGAUUUUCCCUGCAUUUUCCCGAGAAAAUUCGUGUACGGACAGCAGAAGUAAAGGUGUAUUAGUUCUGUAAUUUGAGCAAUUCCUUCAAGAGAUGUUGAUUUGAACACCAUUUAUGCUGUGGAGUUAAAAUAGUCUGGGUUAGGGAUAAUCUGAGGGGUGAAUAUGGCAUCAUCGUGGGAUCAUCUUGGGGAGAUCGCAAAUGUGGCCCAGAUCACGGGCCUUGACGCCGUGAGGUUAAUUGGUUUGAUUGUGAAAGCCGCAAGUACGGCCCGAAUGCACAAAAAGAAUUGCACUCAAUUUGCACAGCAUCUGAAAUUGAUUGGUAACCUGCUUGAGCAGCUCAAAAUGUCAGAGCUUAAGAAGUAUCCGGAGACCCGGGAACCAUUGGAGCAGCUUGAGGAUGCGCUGAGGAGGUCUUACAUUUUGGUUCACAGUUGCCAGGACCGGAGCUAUUUCUAUUUGCUCGCAAUGGGAUGGAACAUUGUUUACCAAUUCAGGAGGGCACAAAAUGAGAUCGACCGGUACUUGAAGAUCGUCCCUUUGAUCACUCUUGUUGAUAAUGCUCGAGUCAGGGAAAAAUUGGAGUAUAUUGAAAUGGAUCAGCGUGAAUACACAAUGGAUGAUGAGGACAGGAAGGUGCAAGAUGUGAUCCUCAGACCAGAUCCCUCAAAUAAUGACACCAUGGUCUUGAAGAAAACUCUAUCUUGUUCCUACCCAAACUUGCCUUUUAAUGAGGCACUUCAAAAAGAAAAUGAAAAGCUUCAGUUGGAACUACAACGCUCACAAGCCAAUUUGGAUGUGGACCAAUGCGAAGUAAUUCAGCAUCUGAUUGACGUGACAGAGGUUGUUGCUGCAAAUUCUCAGUCUGAGAAGAGUUCGCCCAGGAGAAAUUCCAAAAAGAUGGAGCCGAACUAUUCUGAUGUUAAUAAUGAUAAGGAACAUUCAUAUGAUGAAAGCUGUGCUAACAAAAGUGCAAGUCACUCAACUUUGAGAAAGACUUCUUCAGUUUCACAUUGGGAUGGCGAAUGGCAUUCAGAUUUACUUGGCUGUUGUUCCGAACCUCUUUUGUGUAUUAAAACUUUCUUCUGCCCUUGUGGGACAUUUUCAAGGAUUGCUACUGUGGCGACCAACAGGCACAUGUCUUCGGCAGAAGCAUGCAAUGAAUUAAUGGCUUAUUCAUUGAUUUUAUCGUGCUGCUGCUAUACUUGCUGCAUCAGAAGGAAGCUUCGCAAGAUGCUGAAUAUCAAGCAGGGAGGAUUUGUUGAUGAUUUUCUCUCACAUUUGAUGUGUUGCUGCUGUGCCCUUGUCCAAGAAUGGCGAGAAGUGGAGAUCCGAGGGGCUUAUGGUCCUGAGAAGACAAAAACAAGUCCUCCACCGUCUCAAUUCAUGGAAUCCUAAGUGAAUAGGAUGGGAGAACUUGUAGUAGCUGUUUAAAGAUUCACAUACAGAGAUGAUGGCCAGUUGUCACUAUUACCUAUAAGCUUUGUUGGGAUUCCUCUUGGUGGCAUAAGCUUACACAUAAGUAAAGGAGCUCUCUCUUCUAGAUUCAGAAUGUGUAUCAUAGGAAAUUUGUUCAAUGAUAGUUAUGUAUGAAAAUUAACCUAAAAAACUGGCUGAGAGAUGGAGCAGUGUAGUUGGGCCCAGCGGACAGGGCUUUGAUGCUCCAACUCAUGCGUAUGGGUUCGAUUCCCGGCAUCCCCAUCCCCCAAUGAUCCGACACCAACUCUUUUAACUGUUCACACCUAAAUAUAUCCUGAAGGGUUGGUGUAAAAUCAAGAUGGGAUUUUGCAUUGUGAUGAACCUAUACUAUUCCUCUUUCAUGUAGCCCAUAUACAUCCUUUUGCCUUUUCUUCUAUGACAAACUAUAUUUUACCUCUUU